AUGGAGUCAGGCGGGCGCAGCUUGGCCAAGACGCUGGUGUGCCGGCUCUGCACGACCAUCAGCAAGGCUGUGUUUGCCGAGUUCCUGGCCACGGGGCUGUACGUGUUCUUUGGCGUGGGCUCGGCUCUGAGAUGGCCCUUGGCGCUUCCCUCUAUGCUGCAGGUUGCCAUCACCUUCAACCUGGCCACGGCCGUGAUCGUGCAGAUCACCUGGAAGGCUAGUGGGGCCCACGUCAACCCUGCUGUGACACUGGCCUUCCUCGUGGGCUCCCAAAUCUCCCUGCCCCGUGCUGUGGCCUACGUGGCUGCCCAGCUGGCAGGGGCCACGGCGGGGGCUGCUCUGCUUUACGGGGUCACGCCCGGGGACAUCCGAGACACCUUUGGGGUCAACGUGGUCCGGAGCAGCGUCUCCACGGGCCAGGCGGUGGCAGUGGAGCUAGUCCUGACCCUGCAGCUUGUGCUCUGCGUUUUUGCUUCCACCGACAGCAGACAGACUACUGGCUCCCCAGCUGCCACGAUUGGAGCCUCUGUGGCAGUGGGCCACCUCAUUGGGAUCUACUUCACCGGCUGCUCCAUGAACCCAGCCCGCUCCUUUGGUUCUGCUGUCAUCGUCGGGAAGUUCGCAGUCCACUGGAUCUUCUGGGUGGGACCCCUGACGGGGGCUGUCCUGGCUUCGCUGAUCUACAACUUUAUCCUGUUCCCUGACACCAAGACCCUGGCCCAGCGACUUGCCAUCCUCACAGGCACUGCGGAGGUGCAGGAGGUAGAAGGGGUGGAGCCCCAGAAGGAAGAAUCUCAGUCCAGUUCAGAGGACACUGAAAUGGAGAAUGUGUGUCAGGUGGCAUAGAAC